AUGAUCUCUAAAGAGGAUCAAGAAGGUCUUUUAGAGGAAUCUCUAUGCACUGUUAGACAGUAUGCUUGUCAAAUGGAACGCUGUCUGGAAAAAAGAUAUUUGGUUGACGCCAUACAACAUGCUGCUAAUAUGCUUUUGGAGAUGAAAAAUUAUUCUUUGUCACCAAAAGCGUACUAUGAGUUGUAUAUUGUUGUUACAGACAAACUACGCACUCUGGAAUCCUACCUUAUCGAAGAACACAAAAGUGGACGCAAGGUUUCAUAUUUAUAUGAAACGGUUCAAUAUAUUUCAAAUAUUCUUCCUCGAUUGUACUUACUUAUUACUGUUGGAGUUUAUCAUAUUAAAUGUUCCGACCUGUCGCGACGUGAAAUUCUUCGUGAUCUGGUAGAAAUGUGUUCUGGUGUGCAACAUCCUACAAGAGGUCUUUUUUUGAGAAGUUAUCUAUUGCAAUCACUACGAAGUGAUCUUCUCCCGGAUAUUGAGGACUCACCAUCAACACAUGCAGCUGUAAAUGAAACGGAAGAUGAUAGCAGCAAAAAUAGUGGUAAAUUAUCACCUGAUGAGAAUAAGCUAGAUAAUAACAACAAUAUUAAUGAUGAUGGUGAACAAAAGAUUAGUCAAAAGUCAAUCCAUGUUUACUCACAAGGGACAAUUGCUGAUAGUAUAAACUUCCUAUUAUUCAAUUUUUCGGAAAUGAAUAAACUUUGGGUACGAAUGCAACAUCAAGGACAUACUAGAGACCGUGAAAAGCGAGAACAAGAACGUCGAGAAUUACGUAUACUUGUUGGUGCAAAUUUGAAUCGAUUAUCUCAACUAGAAUCAAUUGAUGUUGAGCGAUAUAAAACACAAGUCCUACCACCGAUUUUGGAACAGAUUAUCGAAUGCCGUGACGUUAUCGCACAAGAAUAUCUCAUGGAUGUAGUCAUACAGGUUUUUCCUGAUGAGUUUCAUUUGGCUACCUUACCUCUGUUGUUGCGUACUUGUAAUCAUUUACAAGCUGGUGUGAAACUGAAGCCUAUUGUUUGCAGUCUUAUCGAUCGUUUGUCUAAACAUGUAGCUACUGAAUUAGAAGCUGGACGUGAAUUAAAAAUUGAAGUAUCAUGCAAUAACUAUUCACCAAUUAAAGCAAAAACUUCUUGUAAUACUAUCAACGGUAAUGAUGAUAAUAAUAAUAACAACAACAAAAACGGUAAUCAUUCUUCUCUACAUAAUGAAGAGGACAUAUCUUUAUCAACAGCUUAUGAUGUUCAAUUAAAAAACUCUGAUCAAAAUCAAGAGAACAUAAUAAAGAAUGAUAUGAAUACAACAAUACCAUCGACUUAUACUACUUCUACUGAUAUUGAUCAAACUUCUAUGUCAACAAAAACAACCACUACAACGACUGAUCUUUUUUCAUUAUUCUUUUAUGAAGUAAAUCAAAUUAUUCAUGCACGUUUAACAUUAUGUGAAUUAACAUUGAAUAAUUUACAAUUAUCAUCAUCAUCAUCCAAUAAUAAUAAUAAUAAUAAUAAUAAUAUGAAAACUCGUCCUACAAUACAAACUGUAGCAAUAAUGAAUGGUUUACCAUUAGAAGAUAUUCCAGCAUUUUAUUCAGUUUUAGUUUAUUUAGCUAUGAUAAUUCAUCCAAAUAAUUGUUCUUCCUUAAUUGAUAUUUGUUUAAAUGCUACAGCAGAUGCAUUGAAUCAUGUUGGUCUAGUUCUAAUACCUUCAGGAUCUUCAUUAUCACGUGAUUUACUUCGCCUCCUGUAUCUACCAUUAGAUGGUUCAUUUCCCCAAUCAAUGAGUGGUGUUCAUCGUAUAAAUGCUCCUAUAUCAUCACUUAGCGAUUUACGCACAGUGCUAGGAAUGUCCGGAUUUCGACGUUUAGUUUCAUUAUUAGAUCCAAAAACUACCAAAUGUCGAUUAGCUUAUGAUCUAUUGAAUGCUGCUUUAGAACGUGAUCAACGUCAGCGUCAAGUGUUACAAUUUAAUCAAAAUAAUUACAAACAUGAUAUAAAUAAAGAUUCAUCAUCAUCAUCAUGUGCUCAUUUAUCAUCACGUUUGACUACUGAAGCAGAUCUAGAUAAUUUAUUUGAAUUAAUUGAUGGAUUAUUAACAACUGAUCCUAAUGCAUGUGAAGAUCCAAAUGAAUUUAUUGAUGCACAAAGUUUAAUAGCUGGUAUGCUACAUAUUCUAGGACCAAGUCCUAAAAGUUUAGAUCCAGAUAUAUGUUUUAAAUUGUUUACAAAAGCUCAAUUACGUUUAGAACAAGCUGGACAUGCAAUUGUUCGUUUUAAUUUUCCUGCACUUGUUUUUCAGAGUCUUCAAUUAAUACAAACAUAUUAUGAAUUACGUAAUCAAAAUUCUAAUUGGGAAGAAAGUGUUACAAAUGUAGUGAGAUUUUGUCAUCGUUGUUGUACAUGUUUAGUAGCAGCUGAUGCAUCUGAAUCAGCUUUACGAUUAUUUUUAUACUCAGCAUUGGUGAUUGAUAAAAUACAAUUUACCAAUCAAGAAUCAAUGAUAUAUGAGUUUAUUUCACAAGCGCUUACACUUUACGAAGAAGCUGUCUCAGAUUCUCAUGCACAAGUUGAAGCAAUUGCAUUAAUUACUAGUACUUUAUAUCAAAUUAAUUGUUUCACUGGUGAUAAUCAAUCUACAUUACGUACUCAAUGUACACGAGCUGCAGCACGUCUACUACGUAAACAUGAUCAAUGUCGAGCAGUUUGUGCAAGUACACAUUUAUAUUGGCCAACUAAACCAUUAAUUAGGAAAGGAAUUAAGCCAAGUCUACUUAUCCCUGUGACAGAUAAUAAUCCUGAAAUUUCAACUUAUGCAAGAUUAUCUGAAACAGGAGAAUUAUCAGAUGAACAUUACAAUAAAUUACGUGAUCCAAAAGGUGUAAUUUCUUGUUUAGAUCGAGCGGCUCGAUUUGCCAAAGAAUGUAUGGAUACUGCUGUUCGUGCACAAUUAUUUAUUGAUAUUCUUAAUCUAUCUGUCAAUCUUCGUUUAUCUGAUUGUGAACAAAUAACUGAUGACCGAAUAAAUGAUAUCAUUGGUGAGAUUAGGAAUUUACUGAACAAUUUGGAACCAUCUCCUGUCACUGAUCAUAUAACAGUACAUUUUAAGAAUACUUUAAAUUAUAUACGAUAUGAACAACAGACUACUACUGCUAUUAGUGAUUCAGCCAGCAUCAGUGUUGAUACUGAUUCUGAUGUUCAGUCAUUAAGUAGCAAACUAUUUGCAUCUGUCCAAUUAUUCUGA